ACUUCUGCUGCUGCUGCUGCUGCUGCUGGAGGGAAGUGAAAAUGAAAUCGACUGUUCUGCAAAAUGAUGCAAGCGGCAGCGCCUGCCAAUGAGCGGCUGCAGCAAACUUCCGCACCUCUGCCUGCCUCCCCCCCACCCCCGUUCUCUGCUCUCUGGCUGCACAAACAGGCCUGGGAGAGGUGGUGGUGGUGGUGGAGGAGGAGGAGGGGGGAUUUCCAAGAUCCAGCGCCUGGCGGUUUCCUUUCCCUUGUUUUGCUUUCGAUCUGGACUCGUCGCAGCCCAAAGACAGAGGAGGGGAGUCACUUUUAGUUUUGCUCCUGCGGAUUUAUUCAGCCUGCCUGGUUUUCCUUUUCAUUUUGCGUCUCUUGGCAACCGUGAUAACCUUGAGGGAUUACGUUAAUACCGUGAAACAAACUUAUUGGUCAAAAUGCCAGUGGAGAGAAUGAGGAUGCGACCAUGGCUAGAAGAACAGAUAAACUCAAACAAAAUCCCAGGUCUCAAAUGGCUAAAUGAGGAAAAGAAGAUUUUUCAGAUUCCUUGGAUGCAUGCUGCAAGACACGGGUGGGAUGUUGAAAAAGAUGCUCCUUUAUUUAGAAACUGGGCCAUUCACACAGGGAAGUACCAGCCAGGAGUUGACAAAGCGGAUCCAAAGACAUGGAAGGCAAACUUCCGAUGUGCUAUGAACUCCUUACCUGAUAUUGAAGAAGUAAAAGACAAAAGCAUCAAAAAAGGAAACAAUGCAUUCAGAGUGUACCGAAUGCUGCCGUUGUCGGAGAGGCCUUCGAAAAAAGGAAAGAAGCUCAAAUCAGAGAAGGAAGAAAAAAUGAAACAAAUUAAGCAAGAACCAGAGGAAUCAUCUUGUGAACUAAGUAAUGGAACAAGUCAGGGAUUUUCUGAUUACUGCUUAUCUUCCAUAAUAAAAACAGAAGUUGACAGUACAAUAAAUAUUGUAGUGAUAGGAGAUUCGCAUUUUGAGGGUACUCCUGAUGAUCAUAUGAUAGUCCCCAAUCCUCCUGAUGUUUGCCAAGUAGUGGAAGUGACCACUGAGUCUGAUGACCAGCCCAGCAGUGUGAGCCAACUAUAUCCACUGCAGAUCUCCCCCGUCUCCUCCUAUGCUGAGAGUGAAACAACAGAUAGCAUCCCAAGCGAUGAAGAAAAUGCACAGGGCCAACUUCAGUGGCAAAAAGCAAACAUUGGCGGCAAACAGUUCUAUAGCAACUUGGGGACAAGGAAUCCUCCUUAUCCGCUUCCUGGCAUGGCUUCCUUUGUGACUUCCAGCAAGCCUGACCUUCAGGUGACUAUCAAAGAAGAAAGCAGCCCUCUGCCUUACAACAGCGCGUGGCCUUCUUUCCCAGACUUCCCUAUCCAACAAAUCAUGUGUUCAGCAUCUACAAGUUACAGCAGCAGGCCAGACCAUGAAAAUCGAGCAAGCGUAAUUAAGAAAACAUCCGAUAUUACCCAGUCACGAGUCAAGAGCAGCUAAGCUAUUGACUGGUCUGUUCCCAGCUGAUCUUGCAUGUGAUGUCUUUGAGGAGCACAUCUAAUGUACAUUGAACAAACCUAAGGGGAAAGCCUUUGCAACAUGAUUGUGUCCAACUCCAAUACUGGAGCAUUUCAAACUCAGGACUCCAGCCAUCAGAAUGUAGAUAUUAGAAGCCAGGAGGAAAUCCAAGGUUCCAGCCCAGGAAGAGAAGGCCCACUAUGGUAGGUUCCAGUUCUCCUCCAAGAGGACCAUCAGCCCCCACAAAUGGAGUUGCUGCACUUGUGCAGUCAAGGUCACAGUGGAACUGAAAGCCUUGGAAUGGAAGAGAAAAUGUGAAUUAGCUGGAUUUUUUAUUUAAAAAAUCUGUUGUGAAUAUGUACAUAGCGCAGUACUAGCAACGUUGCAGUCUGCUUUUGCACCUUAUUAAAAAGCACUUGCAAAAAAGGCCUUUCAUUACUUUGCUCUAAUUAAUGGCACACUAGCAGUGCAGUCUGAUGAAGAGAUUGGCCCUUCCUGCACAUGAGGAAUAAUGCACUUUUGAUCCACUUUCAAUGUACUUUGAAGCUGGAUUUUACUGUGCGGAAUAGCAAAAUCCACUUUCAAACAAUUGUGGAAAGUGCAUUGAAUGUGCAUUAUUCUGCAUGUGCGGAAGGGGCCUUACUUUGGUCUGGUAAUGCAGCCCUGAACAAAGUAACAUGCUUCUAAGCCCAUUGACUUCUUUAACUCUGUUUAGAAUUGCAUUGCAAGUCUGUUAAAAUCAAACGAUGUAGACUGGUGUGAUUCUGCAUAGGACUGCACUGUUAAAGUCCUUCCUACUGCUUCCAACUUGAUUCUUUCCCAAGGCUACUCUGACUAAUGUAUCCUUGGCCUGUGGAAAAAACUAAUUAAAUAAGAAGGUAAAACAUUUUUCCUGUAGAUUUAACAGAUUUUUUAAAACAAAGAGUGAAUGCUUGUAUUAUAUGUGUCUAAUCUGCUAUGCUUGAAAGCUUUGUGGUACAAUGGAAGAAGAAAAUCUAUUAAGAUAUAUUAUGCAAAUUCCCAGGUUUAAAGAAAAAAAAAUACUCUAAUUCUAACCAGAGUAAGCUUUUUUAUUUUUUUAUACAGUGGACUAUUUUAUUCAAAGUAAAAUUCUAAAGUGGAUAUAAUUGUUUCAAGUUUUUUUAUCUUUUCUACAGCAAAUUUAUAAUUUUACAAUUCAGUAUCUUGGUUGUCAGCAACUAUUACAUCUUUGUGGCACAUUUUCUUUUUUUACAAUUUGUAAAGGUGAAAUAGCUUUUAAUGACUUUAUGUAGCAAUCAAACUAUCCUGUGGAUUGAUAAUAAAUAUUAUAUAUAGUUAA